CACUCUACCGCUUAAGUUUGUGAUAAGCAAGAACGUAACAAAACAACAGUUUGUUUAGUAAGAAAAAAAGAAAUUUAGGAAUGGCUCCUGAAUUAUUGAGCGGUGGUAAGAGAGGAUAUGUAACGUUUUUGGCUGGGAAUGGUGAUUAUGUGAAGGGAGUGGUGGGGCUGGCCAAGGGGUUGCGCAAAGUCAAGGCUAAGUAUCCCUUGGUGGUGGCGGUUCUGCCGGACGUGCCGGAGGAGCACCGGGAAUUGCUGAGGUGGCAGGGGUGUCUUGUCAAAGAGAUCCAACCUGUUCACCCACCUCACAAUCACACCCACUUUGCUAUGGCUUACUAUGUCAUCAACUACUCCAAACUAAGGAUUUGGGAGUUUGUGGAGUAUAAGAAGAUGAUAUAUUUGGAUGGGGACAUUCAAGUGAUGGAGAAUAUAGAUCAUCUAUUCGAGAUGGAGGACUCGUUCUUUUACGCAGUGAUGGAUUGUUUCUGCGAGCAGACAUGGAGCCACACGGCGCAGCAUAAGAUUGGGUAUUGCCAGCAAAGGCCGAAUGAGGUUGAAUGGCCUUCCCAGUUAGGCCCCAAGCCUCCUCUUUACUUCAACGCCGGCAUGUUCGUUUAUGAGCCCAAUUUGAGCACUUACCAUUCUCUCCUCUCCACUCUCAACCUUACCCCUCCCACCCCUUUCGCCGAACAGGACUUUUUGAACAUGUUCUUCAAGGAGAAAUACAAGCCAAUUCCACCGGUUUACAACCUGGUGAUGGCGAUGCUAUGGCGCCAUCCAGAAAACGUGGAGCUCGACAAAGUCAAGGUGGUUCACUACUGCGCUGCCGGUUCGAAGCCAUGGAGGUACACAGGCAAGGAGGAGAACAUGGAGAGGGAAGACGUAAAGAUGCUCGUCAAGAAAUGGUGGGAAAUUUACGACGACGAGACCCUCGACUUCAUCAACUAUAAGACCGAUGAUGGUGAUACCAAUGCCCGACAGCCUUUCCUAGCGGCACUGUCGGAAGCUGGACUCGUUCAUUACCACACUGCCCCAUCCGCAGCUUAAUUUGAUGUUUGAGCUUGACUUAAUAACAUUCAUAUAAAAUAUACGAACAUAUUAUUGGUAUAAUAUGUGUAUCUUGUUAAUUAUUUUUUUUUCCAAUAUGAGCAUAGUUCAGUUUGAACUAAUGUUAAGUUUGUAUUAAUGAGAGAUUGUUGUUAUGGUAGGGAAUUAUUAAUAUGAGAGUUUUAAUAUGUAAAUUAGAGUGCUUUGGGAGGAUUUUAUGUAUUACUUUUCUUUUGUAACCGUUGGGGGUUCUUUAUUUUUAAAUUUAUUUAUGUAUUUGUAUAUAAAAUAUGUACAACAAAUUUUAUUUCAAGCUAA